AUGGUGCAGACUCCGCCCCCGACGGUGCCGAAUGGGCAAUACUGGUCGCAGUUCCUGAGCGGCGCGCUGUCGCAGAGGGGCCCCAACGCGCUACCCUAUGCGGAGGAUGUAAAGUGGCUGAUCCGGCAGCACCUGGUCUCGCUGUUGGAGGCCUUCCCGUCCCUGCCGCCCAAGUCCUCCACCUUCACCCACAACGACGGCCGAUCUUCGCAGCUUCUCCAGGUCGACGGCACCAUUCCCAUCGUCUACGGCGGCGUGGUCUACAACAUCCCGGCCGUCAUCUGGCUUCUCGAGUCCUACCCCCGCUCUCCGCCCGCCGUCUUCCUCACCCCAACUCGCGACAUGAUCAUCAAGCGGAACCACCCCCACGUAGACAGCUCUGGCCAUGUCAAUGUCCCGUAUCUCCGCAAUUGGGUUUACCCCUCUUCCAACCUCGUCGAUCUCGUCCGUACGCUCUCCCAUGUCUUCGGCCAGUUGCCCCCUCUCUACACCCGCGAGAACCCUAAUCCCGUCCCGACACCCAAUCCCCCAUCUUCUUCGCCCUCCCCAUCGCCAUCCCCUCAGCAACCAAAUUCGUCUUCCAGGAUCUAUUCGCAGGCGGCGCCGUAUGGUGGCGGGGCGCGAAUUCCUCAAUCCUCCCAGCACCGUCCUACGGAUGACCCGGCGGAGGUCUACCGCCGAAAUGCUGUCAACAAGAUCCUAGAGACGGCGCAUUCCGAGAUCAUCGCCACGCGGAAGAGUCGGGAGCAGGAGAUUGAGAACCUUUUUGCCACGCAGGCCGUGCUGAGGCGGCGAGCGGAGGAGCUUUCCAGCGGCCUCCGGGAGAUGCAUGACGAAAAGGAAGGGCUCGAGCAGCAACUGCAGCUCGCGCUGAUGAAUUCAGACUUGCUGGAGGGCUGGGUGAGAGAGAACGCAGGCAAGAAGCGGAGGGACGAACUGGACGUGGAUGAGCUCUUCGAGCCCUGUGAUCUACUCUCGAAGCAGCUCAUCGAGUGCACUGCGGCGGACAUGGCCCUGGAGGACACCUUCUACUCUCUGGACAAGUCUGUGCAGGAAGGAGCGAUUCCCUUGGACAUGUACCUCAAGAGCAUCAGGGCGUUGUCUAGGGAGCAGUUCUUUCAUCGGGCCACAUCGGCCAAGGUGAGAGCUUCCCAGGGGCAUUCAAAGAUCGCAGCCAAGAGCGCCAGGGCACCGCGACAAGCAUCAUAG